CGGACUGUCUGUACUGACACUGCUCACAGAGAGAGAGAGACAUUUCACAUGGAUAGCAGCACGAACGUUACAUUCAAUCGCGAAACUGUUGGGCUAUGAAAUACUGGUGUCAUAUAUGAGACCUGCCUGAAAGAGAAAGAGAGAGAGAGAUGAAGAUUGGUGCUAUCUCAAUGCUGAGCCCGGUCAAAGAUGUCUUACCAUGGAAAGAGUUCUCCCACGCAGCCCGUCUGAGCCCCACAGAGCCCCACGACACAGUCGGAUGGCUGUCCACUCUGCCUGCCCUUCACAGUCAUCAUCCACCCUGUCCCAUCUGCGAGAGAAUGCACCCUAGUGGUACCCACUGCUCUGCCCCGGAGGAGAGCGGCAAGACCUCCACAGAACCUGGAGAGGCUCAGUUGGACUUCUACCUUAAACUGGGCUACUCCCCAGCGCAGGUCUGGACCGUGUUGCAGAAGUUUGGCCUGAACACAGACACUAACAGGGUUCUGGGGGAGCUGGUGCGGACGGGAGCCAGUCUAGAAGGGCUUGAGAAGGAGCAGGAGAAGGAGGGAGCCCCGUCUUUCCUGGUGGACCGAGGGGAGACCCUCAGUAACCUGCCCCUCACCCCUCCACCCAGCCGGGGCGAUGUACCCAGUGAGGAGGGAGAUGCCCUGAGACCCAUAGUGAUCGAUGGGAGCAACGUGGCUAUGAGCCACGGGAACAAGGAAAUGUUUUCCUGCCUGGGAAUCCAACUGGCGGUAAACUUCUUCCUGGACAGAGGUCAUACGGACAUCACUGUGUUUGUUCCCUCAUGGAGGAAGGAGCAGCCUAGACCAGAUGUCCUCAUCACAGAUCAACACAUUUUGCGUGAGCUGGAGAGGAAGAAGAUCGUGGUGUUCACCCCUUCGCGGCGUGUAGCGGGCAAACGUGUGGUCUGCUAUGACGAUCGCUUCAUCGUCAAGCUGGCGCAUGAGACCGCCGGCAUCAUCGUGUCCAACGACACCUACCGUGACCUUCAGGGCGAGAGACAGGACUGGAAGCGCUUCAUUGAGGAGAGGCUACUCAUGUACUCCUUCGUCAAUGACAAGUUCAUGCCCCCUGAUGACCCUCUGGGUCGUCAUGGUCCCACCCUGGAGAACUUUCUACGGAAGGUUCCUCGUUUGCCACGGAAACAGCCGUGCCCUUAUGGAAGGAAAUGCACUUAUGGGAUGAAGUGUAAAUUCUACCACCCGGAACGAGCCAACCAAUCCCGUUGCUCUCUGGCUGACGAGCUGCGGAAGAAGGCCAAACUAUCUUUAUCAGAACAAAAACACCCCACUGCAGGUGCUGGACCUGCCUAUGGCCUUUCUCUGGAGGAGGGGAUGGCUCAGAAACUGCCUCUAGAACAGAGGAAUGGCUCCCUGAAGAAAGGCCACAUCAGUGAGAAUGUGCUUCUGAUCAAGGGAAGCCAUCGUUCCAGCCAGAGGUCCCCAACUAAGAAGGACAAGACCAACCGACACUUGACCAAUCUGGACACGGCCAUGCCCAGUGGCUCUCAAUCCCCGACAGACCUGGACUCGGCCCUGCCCAGUGGCUCUCAGGAGCGACUAGAUUCUGGUCUGGGCUCCUUCGAGAGCCAGGUGUCUGACCCCUCCAGGGACCACUGUGACCGUUAUGGGAAUGCUGGGUUCAGGAACUGCCUGUCCCCCCCCAGUAUGAGACAACAAAUCUAUUCCCUGCCUAGCAACCUGCCUUCUAGCUGCAGCUCUCAUCCUCCUCAGCCUUUACUGGGCCCCAGCACAGGAUACCAACAACAUCGCAGCAGGGGCCCAGCCAGCACCCACAACAACACCCACAGCCCACAUCACAGCAUGGGCCCAGCCAGCACCUACCACCCAGGCAAGAUAACCUACAGCCCCACCUAUUACCUCAGCUAUGGGGCACCGAUAUAUCCAGUUGGGAAGCAUCAGUACAGGUAUCCCAAUGACUUCCAACAGGAGAACAGGGCCCACCCUCCACAGCAGACCUACUGGUCCGAUCCGUUCGGGACUUAUCCUCAGACUCUCCAUAGCACUGAUCAAAUGGAGAAGCAGAGACACUGGCUCCUCCCUCAGACACACCCCCACCCCCACGGGGAGAGCAGGGAGAGAGAGGAGGUCAGGAAGAAGCUGCUGGCUAUCUUUAACGGCCGUCUGGUGGACAAGGUCAUGGACAUGUUUCCCCAGCUCAUGGACCCACAGAGAUUGGCUGCUGAGAUCCUCAUCCUGCAGUCUCCGGGCCUGUGAUUGGCUCGUUGCUCUGCUAUGGUGGGGACUGGGAAUUUUAGUUUCUUUCAAUUGAAAGAAUCUCUUGUAAAAAACUGCAAGCUACUGUAAAGAUCUUCCUACUGCAUGUGCAUUGAUCUUCCUACUGUAUGUGCUCUGCUCAAUGUGUUCUUGCCACGUGUUUCAGGAACUAUGUUGCUUAUAGCGCUUCUGAUAGCGUGGAACCUGAGGCAAUGGAUUGUUGAUGCAAAUUGCAUCUUUUGGGGGGGAUUUUUUUUUUUUUUCUAGACUCUUGAAUGUAUUUGAUGGGAAAAUGUAAUGUAAUUGAGAAACAAUAUUCUUACAGUAUUUUUAUAUUUUUAUUUCACCUUUAUUUAACCAGGUAGGCUAUUUGAGAACACCUUUAUUUAACCAGGUAGGCUAGUUGAGAACACCUUUAUUUAACCAGGUAGGCCAGUUGAGAACACCUUUAUUUAACCAGGGAGGCCAGUUGAGAACACCUUUAUUUAACCAGGUAGGCUAGUUGAGAACACCUUUAUUUAACCAGGUAGGCCAGUUGAGAACACCUUUAUUUAACCAGGGAGGCCAGUUGAGAACACCUUUAUUUAACCAGGUAGGCCAAUUGAGAACAAGUUCUCAUUUACAACUGCAACCUGGCCAAGAUAAAGCAAAGCAGUUCGACAAAAACAACAACACAGAGUUACACAUAAACAAACGAACAGUCAAAUAACACAAUAGGAAAAAAAAAUGGAUGUAUGCAUUUACAUAUGUAUGAUGUGUUCUGAGGUCUAUGUAUCAAGAUGAGUUAUGGCAUAAAGAGUUUUAUUGGCACUGUGUGCCAUUAUGGUGGGUCACAGCUAACUAUCUAGCUAGUACGCUAGUGAAGUAGAUGCCCUAUGGGUCUUGUGUUUUUGAAUAACAUUAAAGCUGGAAUUCAUGGCUAUACAGCCACGUCCAUUUGAGACCUUACAAAAACAAAGAUUUUACUUCAAACGACCAACACAGUCCCCCCCUCUCCCCCCCCCCCCCCCCCCCUCAGAGAUAGAAUCGGCAGAAUAUGAAUUGUGUUUUCAAGACGUUCCUCUCCUCCUUUCUUCAACAAAAACAACAACAAUAACAGUGGUGCUGUUUCACCUUAUGCAGAUUCCAGUUGUAAUGUUCUGAGCAGAACAACAUAUGCAUUUCUUUUUAAUGAUAAAAAGGCAUUUGAAGUAGUACAAAAAAAGCACACGAAUAUAUCUAAAGUCUAAAAAUAAAAUACAAAUAUUUACAGUCAGAAGUAGAAGAGUAGAAAGACGUUGUGAUUUGCCACUAUCUAAUAAAUAACCAUAACAAAACCUUUUUAAAAUCUACUUGUGUGCAGCAAUGAGAGAACAGGCUAUAAUUCCAGAUCAUUGAUUUGUGACAGGUUUUAGUUCCCUGUUUUAGUUCCCUGCUGUGAGCUUUUGUUUCUUCUUUUCUUCAGUGUACAUGGAAUUGUGGUCAAUCAAUUAGUCAAUUAAUCAUGUCAGUGUUUUGUGCAAACAUUUUAAAUAAAAACCUAAAUAUAUUUAAA